GUGACACUCAUAUUUGACACUACAUGAGUAAUGACGAUAAUAAUUUGAAAAGAAUAUAUUGUUUAAAAUUGCAUACCGAUUUAAUACUUAAAUCAAAUUGAUUUUUAGUCGCUGUUUAUUUUUCUCAAAUGUGACCGCACUCGUCAGACGAGGAUUGCAACUAUAUUAAAUAUUGCAACAGUACUACUUUCGCUGUCUUCAAGCCCACCAACCUGAGGGGUAUGUAUUAAAAUAAAAAUAUCUAUCAAUUUCUUUUUUUCUAAUUUUUCACUGUAAAAAUACAGGCGCCGAAAUUUACAAUAAAUAUGGACUCCAAUAUUGCCAUGAAUUGUAACUUUAUCUAUGAAAAUUUGAAUUUGUAAGUAUCAUAUUCAAUAAACCAAAAUUUUAAUACUAUACCUGACUUAACCUAACAUUAUACAGAAAUGUUUUAUUUACUUGAUGUGUUUGGUGUUAAUAUAUCAUUUAAUAUAUCUAUUAAAACUAGAAACUGUUAAUGUAAUGAUUAAUUAUCAACACGUUAAUAUGUGUCCACACAUAAUGUGGAUAGGUAUACUUACCUAUAAAUAUUUCAAUGUAUCAAUUUGUCUGUGUGUUUUUAGUAAUAAAUAGGAAGUCUACUAUUAAUAUAUUUAGAGCUGUAAUAAGGCUUUUUAGCGUUUUUGGCAACACUUAAUUUUCUGCUUUUAUAGCCUAUCUAUUAAUUUCAUUAAAAUUAUAUAUUUUUAUUAUAUAUCAAUUCUGGAUUUUAUGCCCUUUUUUGACAUAUGUCACUUACCUGAGCCAGACUUAUAUAUUAGAAUAUAUUAGUUUGAGCACUUAAUAAUAAUAAUAAUAUAUUUGUCAAUACACUUACAUAGAACUAUAUAAUUAUCAAGAAUAUACAAUUAAUAUUUUAUGAUUUUCUGUUAGUUAUGUUUCAAUAUAAUAUACUUAUUAUUUGUAAUGCUUUUCAAGGUCUUUUUGAUUCUAUUCACUUGAGUACCUACUUAAAAACAUUAAUAUUAACAUUUUGGUAUAAUUAAUUUUAAUCUUUUUUUUUAAUAAUGUAAUAAUAUUUCUGACUGUUAUAAGUAAUAAUUUAUUUGUAUUAUUUUCAGAUAUAUUUGCCCAGAAAAUAUAUUCAUUGAGCCCGUACAAAAUACAAAUGUUAUAUUGAACAUUGAUCGCAUUGAUUUUACUUCACAAAAACAAAGUAAUUUAUAGAAAUAUUAUCUUCUUUAAAUUGUAUUAUAUAUUAUAUUUUAACACUAAUUUCAACCUAAACCUCACAAUUCAAAUUCUAAAACGUGUGACACUAUAAUAUAUAUUCCUGUGAUCCCUACAUAUAGCUAGGUAUUAUAACCAGUGAUGUUCCCAUGGAGUAUACUAUAUAUAUAUAUGUUGUAUUCUCAACAUUUUGCUGAAAAAUCACAGGUAUUGAUACUGCGUACACUCUCAAAUAGUUUUGAUAGUCAAAAUAAUCAAAAAAUAAACAAAUUUGUGAUGAUAUAUUAUCGGUGCCUGUUCAUACCAUAAUAUGCCAUUAAAACCAUUAUAUAGUAUUACAUAUUUUAUUUAUUUCAAUAAUUAUAACUAAAAAUUCACAAUAUUCUUACGGUUUACAAUAAUAUCUUUUAAAAAAAAAAUUUGACUGUUAUUUUGGAAAUUUUAAUUUAGUUUUUAUAAGUUAAUAUUUAUUUUCUUACAAACAGUAUAAACCUGAAAAAUAUAAAAUAUCCAAUGUAAGGUAUGGAGAAUACUAUACUAAUAGUAAUAGUAAUAGUAUACUAUAGAAUAGUAUACUCUCGAGAAAAUAUAUGACAACACCACUGAUUAUAACUUAUCUAUAAUGGACAUUGACAGUAAUAUUUCUCCUCAUUGUCAACAAUUUUACAGUCAGAUCUAGGAAAACCAACGAAUCAUACAAUAUAUGUUAUAAGUUAUACUUUAAUAUUGCUGAGAAUAAUAUGCUUAUUCUAUGGUAAUUUUCUAUUGGUCAAUAUAGAUACAAUAUUAUGUUAUACCUAUUAUGCUAUUUCAACCAUAAACCGUCAUUUUGUAUGUAUUCUAAAACCAAAUUUUAAUUAAUAAAAAAAAGCUGCCAUAUUCAAGGCUAUAUAAACAUGUCAUUAACAGUUACAUACAAGUUAUUCAUAUUUUGAAAUUUUAAACAGAAAAUAUCUGGUUUAUAAAUUUAUUUAAAUGUAUUUAAAAAAAAAACAUUUUUUUGUAAUAUUUUAUUAUAAUAUAUAUUAUGUAUAAUUGGUUCAAUAUUAAACUAAAUAAUAAUUUGAUUAUAUACAUGUAUAUAUAUCUAUACACGGUCCACUUUUAUUAUAAAAUCGCAGUUAUUCAUAGUGAUUUAAACCAUUAAGAUAAUUGUAGGUUCAUGAUAAAAAAAAUAUGGGCAUACUUCGCACAAUGGGUGGGCCGCUGUUAUAGGUGAAAAGUUGGAAAUGUAGGAUAUAGAGGGGAAUUUAAUGUAUUUCUGUACACAAUGAUUAAUCUUUACUAACGAAAAAUGAUCCUGAGCAGAGUUCGGUUUUACAUGUUUUGAAAGACCAUAAUAUUUACGAUUUGAAAAUAAUAUAUUUCAUAAAUUGUCCCAUUUUUCCUAAGUUAUUUUCCCAUUUAUGAAAAUCAAAAAAUAAUUUCCCUAAAGUAUUACCUCAGUUAAAUUUCUUGGAGGAUUUAAAAUUGCACAAAUUUAAUUUAUUUAUUUUAUUACUUUAAAUAGUUAUUUUACUGUUCAUAUUUCAGCAAAUAAUGGCCAAAUACCAAAUGCACAUACACGCAUACAAAUCGCUGGCAUAUUGGGUGUCGUUAAAUUAAUAGCCGGUCCUUAUAUUAUUGUAAUACAAGAAAAAAAGCUUGUGGGUAAAAUAAGUGGUCAUGACAUUUGGCAAUUGGUAAAAAUUGAUAUGAUAGGAAUACCUAAAACUAAACUUCAUUUAAAUGAUACACAAGUAAAAAUUGUUUUAUUUUAUUUAUUGAAUAAUGUAAGUUAUUAAUUUGUUUUAAAAUAAUGUCUUUGUUUAAUACAGGCCCGAAUGAAUUUGGAAUAUUUGAAUAUGGUUAAGCAAACUUUCAACACACCAUAUUAUUAUUUUUCAUAUUCAUAUGAUUUAACUCAUACCAUGCAGAGAAUUUACAAUAGUUCUACUACAUUUUUGAAUGUAAAUAAUUUUAUAAUUAAAAAAAAAAAAGUAUUAUAUGAAAAACAAAUAUGUAUAUUUUUUUGUGGAAAAUGUAGUUUUAUUCAAAUAUCUAUAUAUUAAAUACAAAUAUCUUUUAGAUUCCAAUGUAUAAACGGGCAGAUCAACGAUUUCUGUGGAAUAAUUAUUUAUUGACAGAAUUUUGUAAUAACAAUCACGAGUUUUGUGUUCCGAUCAUUCAUGGAUGUAAGCUGUAAUUAUGUCACUAGUGGACAAAUCUGUUACCUAUAUGUAGUAUUAUAUUUGAAUCUGUUUUAGUUUAUUUAGUAGUAGUUAAUCUGAGGAAAAAUACUUUUUAAUCUAUUUAUUUAUUUUUUUUUUUUUGUAAUUAUAAUAAGUUAUAUUUCUUACUAAUAUAAUUAUGUAUUUAGACAAAUUGAAAAUAAUUUUUUAUCAUUUAUUCUAAAGAACUUUUUUUAGAUUAUUAUUUAAUACAAAUAUAUUUUUAUUUCUAGUCAUUGCGAUAAAUAACUGCAUAUUAAAUGGAAAAGAAUUUGUCUGGACAAUAGUAUCUAGACGUUCGCGAUAUCGUCAUGGUCCAAGAUUAUUAAAACGAGGAAUUGACCGGAUGGGAAAUGUGGCUAAUUUUGUGGAGACAGAAAUGAUUGUUGAAUUUAAUAACACUCAAAGUUCCUAUGUUCAGGUAUACACAAUAUUAGUCUUGUUACUAUUCAAUUUGAUAUAUACAAGGAAAUAAUCACAUUCUAUUUUUGUAGACUCGUGGAUCAAUUCCUCUGUAUUGGUCGCAAUAUCCAACACUUAAGUAUAAGCCCAUGGUACAAAUAUCUCAGAAUGAAAAUCAUUUAGAAGCAGCAACAAUUCAUUUCAGGGAGCAAAUUGCUUUUUAUGGCCAUCAAAUUUUAUUAAACUUGGUAUUAAAAAUUAUUUUGAUUAGAUUUAUUAAUUUUAAAAUUAACACCUAUUAAUAUUAAUUUAAUAAAAGAUUGAUCACAGAGGCGUAGAACAAGAAUUAGAACACAAAUAUCGUGAUAUUGUUAAUAUGUUAGACGACAGUAAAAUUAAAUAUGAAGCAUUUGAUUUUCAUUAUGAAUGUAAAAAAAUGAGAUGGGACAGACUUUCCAUUUUGGUUAAUAGAGUAGCCCAUGAACAAGAUAACUUAAAGUACUUUCUUCUUGGAUCAGAUGGAAAAUUGUUAAUUUUACAAAAAGGAGUAUUCAGAACAAAUUGUAUUGAUUGUUUGGACAGAACAAAUGUUGUACAGAGUUUAUUGGGUCGUAGAAUAUUGACUGUUAUGCUGCAGGUAAAAAUUGUGAUAUUUUAUUUUAAUUUUAUAUUUAACUUAAACAUGAUUAUUUAAGAAAUUGGAUGUAUUAAACUUUGGGCAAAAAGUUGAAGAUCAAUAUGAAUUUGAAAGUCUAUUCAAAUCUGUGUGGGCCGAUCACGCUGAUAUAAUAUCUCUUCAAUAUUCUGGAACAGGAGCCCUGAAGACAGAUUUUACACGAACUGGUAAACGUACUUACAAUGGCAUGCUGAAAGAUUUAAAAAAUGCACUUUUACGAUAUUACAAAAAUAAUCUCAGAGAUGGAGUUCGACAAGUAAGUAGAAUAUAAGUAAUUAUUAGUGCCGGAUGUAAUUUAAUUAUUAUAUCAUUUUAUAAAUUGUAAAAAUUGUGUUUUUAAUGACAAUAGUUCAAGUCUACCUAUUUUUUUUUUAGCUUUAUUCAUUAAAAUAUUAUUACUUUUUCACAGGAUUGUAUUGACAUUGUAUUGGGGAAUUAUGUUGUUGAUGCCAAUGAAUGUGCAUCCUUACCAUGUCCACUAGAAGUUAAGCCUGCCCUAAAAUAUGUUAUGGUAUGUAUAAUAUACACACACUAGUAGGCAGUUAUUUUAAUUACACAGUAUACAUAACAAAAUAAAAUAAAACUAAAUAUUUGUUUGAAUUAUAAUUAUAUUACCUUAGAAAUAAGAUUAUGAUUUGAAUCGAUGAUUUCAGAAACAAUUGUGUUUUUGAAAAAGGUAAUUUUAUGUAUUCAUAUGUCAAUCUUUAAUUUUUUAAAAUUGUAUUAAGUUUUAUUUUUGCAAUCAUCGAUUUGUUCUGACAACGAUUUAUAAUAGAGAAUUUAUUUUAAUUAAUUUUAAAGGCAAAUAUUGACAACUAAGAAAGUUAUGAGAUGUUCAAUGAAAGCUUUUGAAAUAUAUACCAAUAAAAGUAAUAAAUAUUAUUAUCGAAUAGAUCAGUUAGAAUUCACGGUUAGGUGCAUUUUGACAGACCCUUGUUUGUUUCGUAUUUAUAAAAUCAAUUGUAUUAUAUUCAAAUAAUUCAGUCUUUACAAAUAGAAUAUAAAAAUAAUAAUUGCUGAAGAGACUUUAAUGAUGAUUUAUUAAAAACUACUUAUUUAUUAGGUUAAAAAAAGGUUUAAGUAAUAGUGAUUUAACAUUAACUAAAAAUUAUAGAAUUAACUUGGUACUAGACAUAUUAAAUACUGUUAUACGGUAGGUUGCAUAUUACAUAAGUACCUUUUUAUUUUUAUUUUAAAGACCAGACAUUAUAUUUUCACUAAUGAUUGACACUGGUUCAAAAUUUAAAAGGAGUCAGGAUUAUUUGUAUACAACCAUUAUUUUAUAUCAAUACAUAAUUUGGGAUUGCUGUCUAUAUGAUAAAACUUGGGCACAAAUCAGUAUAAACGAUCACUCUUUGUGCUGACAAAAUGCACCUUUCACGGUUUGCAUAAUAUAUCAUUUUGUUUAUUAUUAUUCUGACAUAGACAUGUUGAACAUAUGAACUCCAGUUUUAGCUUACAGCUCCUUAUAUGAUAUUUCUAAUCUUAGUAGAAUAUGUAUCAUAUAUGUUCAUCUAUAAACUGACACUAAAAAAAAGAAAAUAACUCUCUAAAGACAUUUAAUUAUUAGUACGAGUAUUUCAGAACAAUGUAAAUAAACCAAUAUAAAAUUGCUAAUUAUGAAUUAUUGCUACUUAAAUUCUAUGUACAAACAUAAAGGAAAACAUGAACUGUAAAAAUGAAAACCAUUAUACAUUUUGUGUACAAAAAGUAUAUUUUUAAUAAUAAUUUUCAUUUACAUUGAGUAUGGUUGCUAAACAUUAAUAUUUUAUAGUGCGUGGUUAAAAAAUAUUAUGUAAAUAUAACAAAAUAUUCAUAUUUAUCAUAAAACCAUAAAAAAAAUCAUUUAGUUAGAUAAAUGAUUUGUUUUAUAUAAGCUGGCUAUUAAUGAACAUAAUAUUCCUUUGGUAGAAAUCAGUAUUAAUAUGUCCAUUGACAUUUAAUUCUAUGCAACAUGUAAUUUGUCAACUAUAACACAGAUAUCUUAUCAAUCUAUUGAUUUCGAACCAAAAAUUUGGAAUAAAUACAAAGAAUACUAAUUGAUUUAGCUAGCACGUCUGGUCCAUUUAUUACCUCAUAUAAAACACUCAUAUUUCAUACACCAAAUUCACUGAAUAUUUAUUAAGUUAUAUUUAUAAUUAUUUUUCUAGUACCCUAUGAUUUUGAUGAUUGCAUUAGCAAUGUUCAUGGCUAACGCAGUGUUCACUUCAGGUUAGUGCUAUAUUUUAUUAAGUUUCAUUAUACAUAUUGAGUUUUUUUUUUUUUUUUAGAAUACAACACUGGAACAUAUCUAUUCCUCCUGUUCUGGGGUACAAUGGUUAUAUGUGUACUUUUACUGAUAUUUUAUUAUGGAAAAGAGUUUGUUAACUAUCCACAGCUAUCCAAUUUUGACAACGGUAAAAGGCAUCAUCAAUCUUAAUGCAUUCCAAUAAAAAUUCAUUUUUGUUAUUUUAGAAUAUAAUAUGAAAUGUAUUAUUGUUAACAAUUUAUUAAUUAUUCUAUCAUUAUUAUUAUAAAUACAUAUAAAUAUGGCCUUAGCAAUACUUAACUUCAUUUUAUUUAUUAAUAGUGAUAUUUUACCUUAAAUUAUAAUUUUUUUUUUUUUAUACUAUAGUUUCCAAUGUUUGUAAUGCAAUAAUAAAUACGAAAAACUUAAUGAUUAACUUCCAAAAUCAGUAACUUUGUAAUGAUUUUCAUCAAUAGUUGAAAAAAUAUGUCCCUCUUCAAUGAAAAAGGAGAGGAUUUUUUCUAUUUCCGUAGUAGACAUUUUUUCUGGAAGUAUCUUUUGUAUAUCAGACGCUGAAUAACCUGCUUCAUCCUGGCACUGCUUGAUCACAGUAUAAACCUUUAACUGCUUUGGAUUAAGUGACAAACUAUUAGUGGAAUCCAUAUAACCGCCACCAAUAUCAUUAUUAACUGGAAACUCCUUGUGGUUUGUCAUAGUAAUACUCAAUUUUGCAUUACUUGUCUGUAAAUAAAAUUUGAUCAUUGUUAAUGUUGUAUAUUUAUAAUAGUCAAAAUAUUAAAUUACCAUGUUUACUUCCUCCAUUUGGUAUGGUAAUGCAAUAAUGCUCAACAAGUGAUGUGUUAAUUCAUUGAUGCUGUCCAAAGGUCUUACACUGUGACAGAGCAAAGUGACUUUUUCAUUCUGAAUCCGUUUACUACCAACUACUUUGAAAUAUGCAUUUUCAAUUAGCUUUGGAUACCUGGAUAAUUCGUUUUCGUCACCCCAUUGAAUGCAUACUAAGCGGCCGGUAUUAUCUUCGAUUGUGAACAUAUUCUUCAAUGAUUGUGCUUCGACCUAAAAAAAAAAUUAAUUAAAUAUUAUAAUAAUAAUGAAUAUUUAAUAUAUCUCAGUAAAUACACAUUUAUAAAACAAUAUUAUCAUUUUGUUGAUGUCAUUGUUAUAAAGAUAAGUACUUGCCAAAAUUAACAAUAUUUUUACCUGUUUGAUAAUACCGACUACUAUAACAUGUGUAUUUUUAUUUUCUUCAUUACUUUGUAAUAGUUCAGAAAUAGCUACAGACAUCACAGUAUUUUGUUUGGGUUCCAUUCCUGAUCCAGUAGCGGGACUUUGUUGUGUCAUUGUUAUGUUGAAUCCACCUCCAUCAUCAUUCGUGUCGGCACCCCACAUUUUUAAAACUAAACACAAAUUAUUACAAUUUUACAAUUGAUAUAAUUCAAUGAAAAUGCCUGUUAUUGAAAUAAAAUAAUUAAAAAUACUAACAAGUAUAAUCAUUACGGAUUGUUAUCAUACA